UUUUGAAGACGAAUCUCCUUUCCUCUGAUUCCUCGACCUGAUCCUUUUUCUAUUUAUCUCGCUUUCCUGCCCUCUGUUUCCAACGGCUAAGCCUGCGAAUUGAAUUAGAAUGGAGAGCUCCAAAUGGAAGGGCUGCAUCCAAGCUCCUGUGGCUGCUCCUCUGCAGCUUGUGUGGGAGAUCACCAGCGACUUCUAUGCAAUGAAAAAAUGGCACCCUGGCCUCGACGUCUGCGAAAGAGUGGAGGGGGCGCCAGAGAAUGGCCCCGGCUGCACCCGCUAUGUUGCUUCUUCAACUCCAACCGGAACUCUUUGGGCCAAGGAAAAGCUUAACGCCAUGGAUUCUGCUCACCAUUCUUAUAAUUACACCGUUGUUGACACCAACAUUGAGGGUUUUAAGGAUUACCAAGCAACCUUUCAAGUGAUUGAGGGAGAAGAGCAGGGGACCUGUCUGGUAAAAUGGAGUUUUGAGUUGUAUCCAAUUCCUGGCAAAUCUGAAGAGGAUCUUGUGAAUUAUUGGAGCUCUUUGUUAUCUGGUGUACUCAAAACACUCCAAGAUGCUGUUGCUCCAUCUUAAGCGUGUUACAGAUCGUUAAUUUUUAAUUUGAUGGUUCUCUGCAAUUUAAGAGCGGUUUGUUAGUAACCAAAUUUAUAGGUUAGUGCUUGUGGAUCUACCUCUUUCUACUGUUUGGGGUCUCCCUGGUGAACCUUCUUGUUUUCACCAGGGUAAAAAAAUGUUGCAGGUCAUAUUUCAGAUAAUAAAUCAUAUUUCUUCCUCACUGGUUUUCUGAGAGUAAAGAUGUUAGAGCAAUCA